CCUUAAUCAGACGCAUACAUAUCCGUCAGUGGCUCACGGUGGACUCUCCUUUUCCGCCUAUUCGCUCUGGCAAAGGAUCUGUGCGCUGAUCAUGGCUGCUUUACAGUUUGCUCAUCAAUUUGAGCACGUGGCGGCCAUGUCGUUGCCUCAGCAGAACGCAGUAGCUGGCCCGUCGGGACUGGCGCAGUCUGCGCUUGUGCAGGUAACGAUUCCUGAAGCUCCCAACGGAAGGCCCUCCAGUGGCAGUGGUCGGCCCCUUUCUCGCAGCGGCCUUCUAACCCCUCCACUCUCUGCUGGAACCAACAGCUUCUCACAGAGUCGCCUUGCGAUGCAGAUGGAUGCGUCAAAGCUUUAUCGACCAAAUAACGUCUCGCCGUCCGUCGCCGGUCCGUCCCACCACCGCCAUCAUCACUCACAUGUUCUGUCUCAACAGCAGGUGGUACAAAACAACCGAAUGUCGCAAGGGUAUAUCUCAGAAUUGUCGCAGCAACCCAAUCUCCUGCAUACCAUUCAGCAGCAACAGCACUAUGGAGGGAUGGCGAGACGGCCAUCUCAAGCGCAGAUGGAUGAUCAGCGUAAUAGGCCAGCAAUGCAGGGCCCUCUGCCUCCCGCACAAAUGCAGAUGACCAGCAACAAUUCUUCCACCAAUAGCAGUACUGGAUUUUCUCAUCUCCAGUUCCAAUAUCCCCAAUUCUCUUCUGGGCAUACAAAUCCAGCUCCCAUCUCCGCUCAGCAGCAAAUGCAACCUCAAGGCACAUCAAGCGGCCCUGCACCUCAUCACGCUCAACAUGCACACGCAUCACGUUCGAACGCAAUCGCUCAUGUUGGAGCCAACGCACCUGCCGCUUCCCCCACCAAUCCACAGCCCGGCAUUGACGUUUUCGGCCCAGCUCCGCCAAACAUCUUCGAUCCCGCCAGAUGGGAUCCUAACGGGAUGGCUGCGAUAGCGUUUGUCAGCUCCAGGAAGUUCCUCGAGGCGAGUCAACAAACGCUGGCGACGGAGCUGACGCGCCUGAAGGAUCAUUACAGGACGCGCGAGGCGUGUGCCGCGCAGACGUUCACGAAUCGCAUCAGUGAUCUCUAUAGAUGUCUUGCGAAUGCGAAAUCAGAGAGAGAUACUGCGGUGCAGGCGCAACAGGAGGCAGAGGAGUCAUGCAAACGCGCGCAGGAGGCGGAGGCGAAGACGAAGGAGCAUUGUACGAGUCUGUAUACCGCGUCGUUGCGGAUUGAUAAGGAGUGCAUGCUGGUGAAGAAGGAGCGGGAUGAGCUGAAGAAUGAGAAUUGGGAGUUGAAGCAGGUGAUCGCGCGGAUGGCGAUUGAAGAGAAUGUGCGAAUUAAGAAGGAUCCGAGUGUGAGCGAGGAGGAGAAGAAGGCCGUGGCUGAGCGUGUGGCUGAGCGUGAGGCGGUGAUUGCUUCCGCAUUUGCGCAAGCGAAGGAGAACGAGAUGAAGCUUAGAGAGGAGGUGGAGAAGCGGGCACAGCUCGAACGGGAACUGGAGGUUCUGAAGCAUAUAGUCAAGCAGCAGCUUUAUCAGGUCGGCACUUGAGCUUUUCCAUCCUUUUCAACCUCCUUCUCACACUAUACGUUCGCAUUCUGUAGACUUCCUCCGGUAGGCAGAUAGCGGUCUCACUCCUCGUCCACCAAUAUCAAGAUCC